AUGCUGAAGCGCCGCACUAGUAAACCUCCACGUCUUCUCCCAUACGUCCAAGCCGCUCGGUGGAAUGGCACCACGUCAAAAAGCGAUAACAACGGUAGUAAUUCUAACUCCUCUGGGUUUAAUUCGAGUCUUUGGGCUUCCGGCCGAACGCUUCUCGUUUCCGCUUUAGCUGCGAGUAUUGGCUAUGGACUUGCCUCUUCUAAACAGCCACCUCAGGCACAAAAGAAUACCAAACAGCCCGAAUAUGGAUCAGCACAGGAUUUUGACAAGGCCAUCGCCGAAUUAAGCGCAAAGCUAGGAGAGGACGUCAUUAGUACAGAUGAAGAUGAUCUACAGCGACAUGGGUUUUCAGAAUGGUCAAGUAUCAAUGCGGACCGACUGCCGGUUGCAAUUGCCUACCCAAGCAGUACAGAGGAUGUCUCGGAGAUUGCCAAAAUCUGCCACAAGUACAGGAUGCCAAUGGUCCCAUACUCUGGAGGAUCCAGCCUUGAAGCCAAUUUUUCCGCUCCUCAUGGUGGCUUGACAAUCGACUUCGGCCAUAUGAACAAGAUAAUUGAGCUCCACGAAGCAGAUAUGGACGUUGUAGUUCAACCGUCUAUCCGAUGGAUGGAGCUAAACGAGAAAAUUAAGGACACCGGCCUCUUCUUUCCCGUUGACCCCGGCCCUUCCGCUAUGAUAGGUGGUAUGGUUGGGACAAACUGCAGCGGGACAAACGCAGUGCGAUAUGGUACUAUGAAAGAUUGGGUCAUCAAUCUCACGGUUGUUCUAGCAGAUGGUCGUGUUAUGAAGACCCGGAUGCGCCCGCGGAAAACGUCCGCGGGCUAUAAUUUGACAGGCAUGUUCGUGGGAUCCGAGGGGACCCUUGGUAUCGUCACCGAAGCUACUCUCAGAUUGGCCCCGAUUCCGGAAAAAACUCACGUUGGUGUUGUUUCCUUCCCCACAAUGCAUGAUGCUGCAUCGGCCGCCAUGCAAGUAAUAAGGAAAGGCAUCCAAGUACAGUGUAUGGAGAUACUGGAUGACGUUCAGAUGGAUGUGAUUAACCGUGCUGGCGGCACGGGGAGGGAAUGGAAGACAUUACCCACUCUCUUCUUUAAGUUCUCAGGCACAAGUGCUGGUGUUGCUGAUAGCGUCAACUUGACCACAGAAUUGGCCAAAACGAACAAUGCUUCAUCUUUCGAGUUCGCCAAAGAUGAGCAAGAAGCGCAUGACUUAUGGUCCGCCCGGAAAGAGGCGUUAUGGAGCAUGAUGGCGUUGCGAAAGGAGGGAUCUGAAGUAUGGUCAACUGAUGUGGCAGUGCCAAUUUCAAGGCUACCUGAUAUUAUUGAUAUCUCAAAGAAAGAACUCGAUGACCUUGGUCUUUUUGCCAGCAUCCUCGGACACAUCGGUGACGGAAAUUUCCAUUCAAGCGUCAUGUUUGACCGCAAAGACCCGGCAGAAAGAGAGCGUGUUGAGAAAUUUGUUUACAACAUGGUUGACCGGGCCCUCGAGAUGGAGGGGUCCAGCACGGGUGAACACGGUGUUGGCUUGGGCAAGAAAGGGUCUCUUAAGAAAGAGCUUGGACCAUGUACAAUUGAUGUUAUGCGCAGCGUUAAAAAGGCUAUGGACCCUCACUGGUUGCUGAACCCUGGGAAAAUAUUUGAUUAUGAGGACGACGCAUAA